AUCCAUUAUCCAUUCCUUAUUUUUAGGUUAGACGCUCGCAUCACGUGUGAAUUUCAGAUUAUCAGUUUGAAAGGAUUUUAUAAAUUGAAAAAAAACUUAGAAUCAAUAUAAAAACUGUAAAAACAACUAUAAAUAGCCUAUUCUAAUGUGUUUUUGAUAUUUUUAAUAGUGUGCCUUCUCUGUAAAAAUGAUUGAACGACAGUACAAUGUUUAUGUUGGUGGAACAACAGGAGUUUUCAAAGGUUUAAGGAUAUCUCACAGUGGUUUGAAAAAGACGACGAACCUUGUCGAUGUUAAGGAAGUGUCGAACAAGAGAGAGAUAACAUGCAUGAACUGGUCGAUGGCGGACAGCAGUCAGAUUGUGAUGGGAUAUUGCGAUCAGACGGUCAGGAUGUACGACACUGCAGCUCAUGGGUUUGUCUUUGAUAAUAAACUGAAUUGCGGACAAGGAUCCAUUGUUGGGGUCUCGUCUCAUAACAAUGCACUUAUAACAGCGGCCAAAUCGGGCGAGGUGAAAAUCUGGAACACAGUGAGAGACAAAGUUGAAGAAACGUUGUUGAUAAAAAGUGGCGGCGAGCUGGACAGAAUGUGUCACAGCAGAUUCGACGUGAACUGCAUCGCAACCGGAGGCAAGGAGAACGACCUGAAGCUGUGGGAUGUUGAAACGGGCGCUUCCAAAUUCUCUGCCAAAAAUGUGAGACCAGAUGAGCUCGAAUUGCGUGUCCCUGUGUGGGUAUCUGACCUUACAUUUAUGCCUGAUACACCAAAAGUGGCGGUCGCCUCUCGAUAUGGUUUCGUUCGUCUGUACGAUCCUAGCUCUUCGUUCAGAAGACCAGUCAUCAAUCUGAAAGUUCCCGAUCAGGCUUUCACUUGUAUAUCAACAUGUCCCAGAGAAAAUCACGUGUUGGUGGGCAGUGGAACAGGACACAUGUUUCUGGUGGACCUUCGGGGCAAGGGUCUGUUGCUGAACCACUACAAGGGCUUCGUGGGGGGUGUUCGGCACAUCGCGUGCCCCCCCUUGGAGCCGCUCGUCGUUACGGUCGGACUGGACAGGCAUAUUCGUGUGCAUGAUCUCAACACCAAGCAGCUCUUGCUCAAGGAAUACCUGCAGUCACGUUUGACCAGUGUGCUGCUCACGCCAGGCUUCACUAUGGUCAAAGUCAAAGAAGAGGAGGAAGAAGAAGAAGUGGAGAUAAAAAUCGAGGAAGGCGAGGUGAAGAAAGAAGAAGAAGAUGGCGACCAAGACCUGGACGCCAUGUUUGAUGGAAUGCCGACUGUGACCGAUGCGAAAAAGUCGAGAAAAGUUGCAAAGUUGGAUGUUGAGGUGAAAUCUGAGGAUGUGAAAAAGUCGAGGAAAGUUGCAAAGUUGGAUGUUGAGGAUGUGAAAAAACGGAAAAUUGUUAAAAAAAUGAAGAGUAAAGACAGUGUGUUGUGUGACAGAAGUGUGAAAAAGAAAAAAGUCAAGUAAAUUGCAAUUUCAAUGGUUUUUAAA